AUGAAGACGAGAUCAUCAUCCGAGGCUGCCCUGGUUCCUUUUGUCAAGUCUCCGGCUGGUCACGGUCGCGAAGCCCUGCUGCAGAUCGUGGACCCCACUUCGUCUCACCGAAAACUUUUGCCGGGGUGGACCAUCGUGAAACGGCCGCGAUCGUCGUCUGCUAGCCGCAAAGGCAGUGUCGAUACUUACUUUAUCGAGCCAGGGACUGGUAGAGAGUUUCCGUCUCUAGAAUCUGUUCAAAGACACUUGGUUGGAGAAGUACAUGACAGACGCUUGACUCGAACAGGACACUUUUCCAAUGAAAGAACAAGGGUUUAUGAAAAAUCCAGAACCAAACAGGAUCGUGGCAGGUUAGAAUAUGCUUCCAAAGGUUUCCGUUUACCUAAAGGAUGGACGGUUGAGGAAUUUCCUAGGUCAAAUUCUGGCUGUAUUGAUAAGUAUUAUGUUGAGAGAAAAACAGGAAAGCGGUUCCGUUCCCUUGUUUCCGUUGAGAGAUAUUUGAAAGAUCCCGGGAAGCGUGCAGAUGAGCAGCCUAAGCUUUAUGAGUAUCACCGUGGCCGUCCCAGAGAUUUCAGUUUACCAGAUGGAUGGAUCGUUGAGGCGAAACCGAGGAGAAGUUCCGGUCAUAUAGACAAGGUGCACACAUCUGUAGGUUUGGUUAUCUUUGGUUUGCGUGUUAUGGUCCAACUAUUAGUGAUGUUUGUUUGUUUGCAGUCUUAUAUUGAGCCAGGAACGGGGAAUAAAUUUCGUUCUCUGGCUGCUGUUGAGAGAUACUUGACCGGUACAGUUGACUCUGUUAAUUCCAUGGUGCCUUCCGGGCGGUUAUCGACUGUUGUUGUUGACGAAAACACACCAGAGAGAGUUAAAUGGGUACUGAACGGUCCAGGUGGAAACAUGUUUAGUGCGCAUGUGAGCGGCUCGGUCGUGUCUAGCUCUGUCAAACAGACAUGGUCUGAGGCUUUUGUCUCUUUGAUCCAAGACCGCUUUUAA